AUGAAUUUGAACACACGCUUUUUCACCGAGCAUAACUAUCAACAUAGACUGCCAGCGAGAGGCUAUCGUUCGCCGUUGAGUUUUCGCUCUGGACCAGUUUUGCAUACUUCACGAUCAUCAUUCAAUCGAACCAACCGAUGCGAAUCAUUCUUACCGCCGGUCAUCACUGGUCGAGGACAUUAUGAUGGCGAAAAACCAUUCCAUCGAAAUGAUUUUGCGAAUAAUGUCCUAUUUGUUGCCAAACAGAAACUAGCUGGUAUACUCUGUAAUCAAACAACGAGAAAUUACGAUCGAAACGAACCAGAACAGAGAGCUCGUCGAUUAGCUGAGAAAACUAAACAGCAACAACAACAACAACAACAACAAGAGAGUUCGUUUAAUAACAAGUCAAAUUCAUAUGGUCGUUUGACUGUGACCAAUUUGGUCUUAAAACCUACACUACCGUCAUCGUACCGUCGUUCACGAGCAAUGCGGCUGCAACCUAAAACUUCUCGCCCGUCCAUAGAGUGGGUUAAUCCUGCAUUGGAACAGUAUCACGGACACUUAUUCAACUAUUCAAUCGGUGAAGAUUCGCAAGCAAACACAAACAUUUCUGAAUUGAUCGAUGAUCAUCCGGUACAAUCAUCAGUCUCAUAUGUCAAAUCCAUGCUCUUAUCAAUAGACUGA